UCAACUUCAAAUUGGUGUCGUUAUUUUUCUGAAUUACAAGAAAAAGCUAAUCCAGAAGAUUUAGUUAUUAAAUUUACGGUAAAUAAUAGUACCGUAACACAUAAUGAUAGUCAACAGCUUAAUGCCACUCCGGUUAAUAAUUUGCAGAUGCGUGUCAAAAGAAAAGCAACUUCAAUUUCAGUUCAAAAUGACAAUGUAAAUUCAACAACAGAUCAAAGUGUCAACGUGUUGUCUCCUUCUUUGAUAAAGAGGGUUAAAAAAUAA